AUGGAGAAGACCUUUGGGAGUCAUAACCUCCUGAGAGUCGGGGUCAUUCUGCAGCGGGCCAUCCUCAUUUUGAUUCUGGCAUGUUUCCCCUGCUGGGCGCUCCUCAUCAACACGGAGCUCAUUCUGCUGGCAGUCAGACAGGAACCGGAGGUGGCCAGGUUGGCGCAGCUGUAUGUCAAAAUUUUCAUGCCAGCACUUCCUGCUACAUUUAUGUAUGCAUUAGAAAUCAGAUAUCUGCAAAACCAGGGCAUCAUAUGGCCACAGGUCAUCACAGGCUUUGUGGUCAAUCUCCUUAACGCUCUCAUCAACUACAUUGUUCUCUAUGUAUUCAAUAUGGGUGUAGCCGGCUCUGCUUUUGCCAACUCUAUCUCCCAGUUCCUCAUGGCUGGACUUCUCUAUGCUUACAUUAUGUGGCAAGGCCUUCAUAAGGCCACCUGGGCAGGCUGGUCUAAACAGUGCCUGCUGGACUGGCGCCCGUACAUCCACUUGGCCGUGCCCGGCACGAUCAUGUUGUGCGUUGAGUGGUGGGCGUAUGAAAUUGGUUCUUUUCUGGCAGGUCUGAUCAGUGACGUGGAACUUGACGCUCAAUCGGUCGUGUAUGAGCUGGCAAAUGUUGUAUACCAGUUCCCAUUGGGUUUUAGUGUAGCAGGCAGUGUAAGAGUUGGAAAUGCUUUGGGAGCCGGACAAACAGAACAGGCCAAACUGUCUGCCAAGAUGACAAUUAUCUGUGCAGGGUCAGUGUCUGUAUGUUUGGCGAUCCUCAUCAUGAGUCUGAAGAAUCAUAUCUCUUAUAUUWUUACAUUUGAUGAACAAAUCAGGGAAAGAGUCGCUGAUGUCUUAUCUUUCUAUGCUCCAUUCAUUUUCCUGGAUGCAGUUGCCGCUGCUUUUGGUGGUGUUAUACGAGGAACUGGUAAACAGAGAGUUGGGGCUAUCUGCAACGUUUUGGGAUUUUAUGGCGUUGGUUUCCCGGUCGGAGUGUCACUGAUGUUUGCAGCCAAAUUAGGAAUCAAGGGUCUGUGGACAGGCUUGAUUAUAUGCGUGUCCCUGCAAUGCACAUUUCUGAUUUUCUACCUGAUAAGAAUGAACUGGACUAAAGUGACAGUUGAGGCUCAAGUCCGAGCAGGAGUGCAUGAGAGCUACACAGAAACAAGUCAGCAGCCAGAUGAUCAAACGUACUCCUAUGAUCAAACAGACACGAUCGAGCUGGUUGACAUGAAGACGAAGCUGAGUCACCGGGCUGCGGUUCUGCGAAGAGGCUUGACUGUGGCUAUCAUGCUUUUCAUCUUAGUUGCUGGGAUCAUGUUGAACCUACUGAUCACCAACCUGGUGACAUGAACACAAGUAAAGUCUGUUGAGCUCAGCGGAGCAACUCGUCAGCCACCAGCUCAGUGUGAUGCAGAUGUUUGCAUCGCAGGAUGUCAGAGCAGGCCAGAAGAGUGGCAGAUGUGAAAAUGAGCAGAGAGUAGA